AGAAAAUAACAUUACAAAUAUACCUUCUUCUUAUUUACGGUGUAUGUACGCUUAGUUUGUACAUAGGAUUCACUACGGGUUCAACAUGGCGGUCAGCCAAUCAGCAAGCGAGACGUCGAUUGCGCUUCUCCGAUUACUUUCAUUUGAACGUGAUGCCCGUGCGCCUUUUCAGCGUCCAUAAACGCGGGAUGAGCAACGCGCAAAGUAAACACACCAAGCCUCGUGCUGUAGCGUGAAAAUAUAGCAACGCCUGGUGCGCACUGCCGCUCUAUAAUUCUAUCGCGAAUUUCUUGCCGCGCUCGUCCCCAUCGUAAUGCACGUCGAAUCUUGAUAAUGAACAACCGUUUUUUUUUAUGGUCGUGCAGUAUCACCGGAAGCGCACUUCAGUUCGUUUGCCGCCAAACUGCCCUGCGUGCUGCGAUGAAGUUGUUUAUCCGUCAGCUCUCGGAUCUGCGACCGUAGCGUGGAUAAUCACAUUGAACGUGCACGCGUUACGCAUUGCUGUACCGCCGACGUACCACGAAUUUGUCUCCGCGUGUCCGUUGGGAUCGACUCGUCGCUCGAACUCUUCAUCUCGUCGGACAUAUCAUGGCCAAGGUUCAGCUAGCGAACGUCGCUGUCCUGGACAAUCCCUCGCCGUUUCUGAAUCCGUUCCAGUUCGAGGUCACGUUCGAGUGCAUCGAGGAGCUGAAGGAAGAUUUGGAAUGGAAGAUGAUAUAUGUGGGCAGCGCAGAGUCGGAGGAAUUCGAUCAGGUCCUAGAUACCAUUUACGUCGGUCCAAUCCCUGAAGGAAGACACAUGUUUGUGUUUCAGGCUGAUCCACCUGAUGUGAGUAGAAUCCCAGUCAAUGACGCUUUAGGCGUGACCGUUGUGCUGUUGACUUGCUCGUACAGAGGUCACGAAUUUGUUCGCGUGGGCUACUUCAUAAACAACGAAUACACGGAUCCAGAGCUCCGGGAGAAUCCACCGCCACAGCCACAAUUCGACAAGGUUCAGAGAAAUAUACUAGGCGAUAAGCCGCGCGUCACUAGAUUCAAAAUCAACUGGGACGACUGUCCAACUGGCACAGCGAACAAUCUUCCCGAAGGCAUGGACGCGCCAGCGUUAGAAGACACGUCGCAAGACGCGCCCACAUCCACAUUAGGCUUCACGGAGAAUACGCAAAAUGGUGGGAUGGAAGUGAUGUAAAAAAAAAUGAUUUGCUGUUGAGAAAAUAACUCGGUGAACUAGUGUUACGCAACAAUUUAAAUGAUAAAUGUAGUACCUGGAAAGAAGAUGGAAAGGCAAAAGUACACACUCGGUAUAUAUACAUGCAUAUAUACAUAUAUAUAAAUAUGUGUCUGUAUGUGUGUGUGUAUACAUAUAUAUUUAGAUAAUUCAAAAAGUCGCGCAAAAUAACCUUCCGUAUUAAUGUUUUCCUUCGAGAAAAUCCAUGAAGUCUGUACAUUUUGAAAAAGAGCUAUCUGUUGAUAAUGUGAUAACCUUACACCUUACAUCUGAAUAAAUAAGUACGAUCAUUUGGAUUAUUCACGGGAUAGUUACUUUCAGGUUUCUCUCAAUUACACAUUUGCAACUUAAUCUCUUUAAGAUGUAAUUUAUGUAAAAAAAACCGACUUUAGAAAUAAUAACAAACAGCAAUUGUGGCUCUACUUGUGCACAAAUAGAUUAAAUAUAACAAACAAUUAUAAAUCAUCUUUCUGUAAUGCAACAGUAAAUUCAAAUACAUGCUAGCAUGCAAUUAUUGUUUUAAAGUUAUAAUGUUUAAGCGGCUUCUAAUUUGAAGCUUGAAACUAAAAAAAAGCUAUGUUUGUGUUUUUUAAUAUUACAUCAUUAUUGCUUACUGUAACGUCACAUUGCAUUAAAUUGUAAGAAGUUUCCAAUUUUAUUAGUGUAUAUAUACAUAUAUGCUAAGAUAAAAAAUACAUAUUAUGUUUUUUACUUGAAGAAAAAUGUUUUCUCUUCCCCCCCCCUUUGCAAACUUCUAAAAAUUUGGUUUCGAAUUGGUUUGGUAAUCCACAAUUACUGCAAUAACUAUAAUAUAUAAAAUUAUUGCAUUCAACAAAGAUUUUUGCUAUUCUGAUGUUUGAGACUUUCAUGGUGUAUAUGAAUAUUAGAUUUGGUUUCCGAGGCUCUGGUUCUGGGACUUAGAUUUGGUUUCUCUUUAAAGAACUGUAUAAGUUUGCUAUUUUAUUCUAAUAAUAAAAAUAAUAUCGAAUAAAAUAGUAAACUUAUGCAGGCUCCAAUUCGAAAGCCAAACCUUGUAUUUGUACUAUAAUGCAUUUUUAUUUUUCUCCCACUAAUAAAAGUGUACAUUUUUAACUUAAGAUUUAAUGACCAGUUUCGAUAAAUCUGAAAUCUAUGUUUUAUAUAAAAUUUUAAGGCAUUGUUAUUCCAGAUACAGUGCUUGCCAUAAGAAAAGUUCUCACCCUUUAAAACGUGUUAUUUUUUUAAGAUAUAUUUACACAGUAAUAGCUACUAUCUGUAGAGAAAAGUCCUCUAUUAUGAUUAUAGUAAAGUUUUUGCUAAAUUAAUAGGCAUCAUCUAUUGGUUUCAUCGUAAAGCUAUUGCCCUUGGAGCAAGCAGUGCAAAGUGACGUCUAAAAUUUAACUCUUUUUUUUUUUUCAUAAUUUCUAUAUAAUUUCUAUAUAAUUGUGAACUAACUAUGAACUAACUUUUUAUGUACAUACACGUAUAAAGAACUUGCCUCUAUCUGUCUCUUCCUCCGGAAAAAUUCAGCGUAUCUUGUAUCUACAAGGAAUUCAAGAAACGUAACUCAUAUCUGUAGCUAUUCGUUGAUUGCACGAAAAACUUAUUUUGUAUCUGUAUCUCUCUUUGAUUAAGAAGGUACCAAGAUACAACCCUGAUAGCACAAGUCUCAGUUAUGUCUCAGUUAUGUUGCAGUUAUGUGCUAUCAGGAAAGUUCUAGUAGCAAAUAACACAGUUACAUACAACAAGCGUCGCAAUAAUUAAGGCAAUUAUU